GGCGACGGCUUCGGCUCUUGGGGCCUCGAGGAGCAUGAGCGACCCGGAGACUCACACACGACCCUGCGUGCUGGGUUGAAGUAAACCAGAAGUAGCGAUGGGAGGUGACCGGUCAAGGAGGAGCAGACCUCGAUAGGACACCCCCGCCCACUGGCCAACCAAUCAGUGCUCCUGGAGCCAUGGCCAACCACCUGGAGCUCCUGAGCGAGCUGCAGCAGCUGGAGAAGGUACCCAGCCUGGAGCGCCUGCGGGCGGCCCAGAAGCGGCGUGCGCAGCAACUCAAGCGAUGGGCCGUGUACGAGAAGGAGAUGCAGAACAAGAAACGCAAAGCCGACAAACGCCGCGGGACGUUUGCCCCUGCCUCUGCCGGGGAGGCCCGCAAGCGCGUCUCCUUCACAGCCAGCGUAGCCCUGCUGGAGGCUUCCGCGCGCAACGACUCCGAGGAAGUGCGAUACCUGCUGAAGAACAACGUGAGCCCGGACCUCUGCAACGAGGACGGCCUCACCGCCCUCCACCAGUGCUGCAUCGAUAACUACGAGGACAUUGUGAGGAUCCUGCUGGACCGCGGGGCCUGUGUCAACGCCCAGGACAACGAGCUGUGGACCCCCCUACAUGCCGCGGCCACGUGCGGCCAUGCCGGACUGGUCAAAAUCCUCAUCGGUCGCGGUGCGGAUCUGCUGGCCGUCAACUCCGACGGGAACAUGCCCUAUGACCUCUGCGAAGAUGACCCCACGCUGGACAUCAUCGAGACUGCCAUGGCUAACCGCGGCAUCACCCAAGAGAUGAUCAACGAAACCCGGGCGUCCGUGGAGAGGAGGAUGCUGGGAGAUAUCCAGAACCUGCUUCAGGACUGUGUGGAUGUGAACCAGCAGGACUCGCAGGGGGCCACGCUGCUCCACAUCGCCGCAGCCAACGGAUACGUCCAGGUGGCAGAGGUCCUGCUGGAGGGUGGCGCGCGGCUGGACCUGCGAGAUGCCGACGGCUGGCAGCCUCUCCACGCAGCUGCCUGCUGGGGCCAGAUGCAUGUGGCCGAGCUGCUGGUGUCUCACGGCGCCAGUCUCGCUGCCAAGACCCACUUUGACGAGACCCCCAUCGAUCUGUGCGAGGACGAGGAGUUCCGGGCCAUGCUGCUCGACCUCAAACACAAGCACGACAUCAUCAUGAAGUCGCAGCUCAAGCACAAGACCUCGCUGUGUCGCCGCAGCUCCAGCGCAGGCAGCCGUGGCAAGGUCGUGCGGAGGGCCAGCCUGUCGGACAGGAAUAAUCUGUACCGCAAGGAGUAUGAGACGGAGGCCAUCGUGUGGAGGGGGGGGCGGGAGGAGGACGACGAACACGAGAAGGAAUCGGACCAGGAGAACAGUCAGCCGGCCAAAGUCCAGGAGAAGCCCUGGACCCCACGUGCUCCAGAGGGAGGGAAGCGGAAUGGUUCCGUCGCCAUGGGAACAGCUGCUUCGGAUCCACCGUCCUGCAACGGAGAGCCUUCGACGGCGGAGGCUCGGAACGCGAUUUCCUCCCAACCCCCCGAGGAGUCCUGGCCAAGGGAUCGAGCCCAGACGUUGUCGGAGCUCAAGCGACAGAGGGCUGCGGCCAAGUUCCUCAACCACCCCCUGCUGAACGGCCACCUGGGAAACGGCUCCAUGGGACUCCCGGAGACGAAGUCGAGUUCCGAGGACCCCCGCAUGCCCCUGGUGUCCUCCAACGGCAGUGCGGUUUACUACACCCCGGCCAGCGGGGACCCACCCCUGCUUAGACUGAAGCAGCCUAUAGAGGAGGUGGAGCCAAAGGGCCACGGGUGCUGCUGCAUCUCAUAGCGUGAAAGAAACAGGACGGCGCCAGAGAGGGUGGCCAGAGGAACGAGGUCCCAGCAUGCCGUCGCGUGUGCCUGGUUUGCCCCUCCCUCCAGAUAUCUGGGUGACCUAACCCAGCAACGGGCCCAGCAGGUGGCGCUCUGUGGAGAUCGGACCAGAUAAGGGACGGGGGGGGGGCCAGCGGUCACACAUCAUUUGGAGACCAAAUCAAUUCCAUGUGUACCUUUGAGAGCCGUCGACUAGAAUAUUUACACACAUCGUAAGGGGAGUGUUUAAUUUUCUCUUCAGCUCCAGUCGCUCAGGCUAUUAUUUUCCUAGAAGGCCGAACCGCGCUGUGUCUCAACCACUGGUUCUGUUUGCAUGGGAAGUCGGUGACAAACGCAAGUCCUGGAGGGGGCUGGGGGGCAGAUCAAGCGAGGCCGGGGUGUUAGGACACCAUGUUUACAAAGAACGUGUCUACCGAAGGCCUUUAGGAAGGUGUGUUUGGUGGCGGCCUGCAGGAAACCUCACUUCUGCGGAAGUACGGGGCUCGCGUCGGGGGAGGGAGUCAAAGGUUAGCGCAGCUCUCGGUGCACGGAUCCUGGUUGGGGUGAGUUCAGAUGAAUGAACUAGCGAAGCACUGAUCUGUGGCAUGAUCAAAUUCUACUGUGCGCCUCCACUUUUUACACUUGGUUUAUUUUUAUAUGAUAACGCAUACAACAAAUAGCACAGCUUCUUCAGGCAGAUCAUGUCGUACUGGUAUGAAAAACAAACUGCUCUGUGUCCCUUAUCUCAGCUCCUUGGAUGGCACCUUUUGAUUACUGCAAGAAACAGUGGACAAAAAAAAAAAAAAAAAGCUUUGUUUCAACUUGUACAGUGUUAUUUAUAUAUAUAAAAAAAGAUAUGUAUAGAGGCUACUGUCCAGUAUUUCUGGAAUAAGGGUCCAAAGUCGUUAUUUAUUGUCUGUUUUAAUGCUUCAGUUUUAAACGCGGCCUAUUUCAAGAAGAGGUGUAAAGUUAAGGAUCGAGAAGCAAUAAGAAAGAUGGGUAAAAGCCUGGGGUGCACAGGACAAAUCACUUUACCUUCGUUUCACAGACGGGGAUUACAUUUACCUGGACCACGGCAGUACUUGUGAUUUAAUAUGUUUAGGUGAAUCUUGAGAUGAGUUUGGUUGGAAAUGGGUGAGGACCUUACACUUGUGUACGACACGUAGAUGGUGGUCAUACGUAUUGUUUCAAGUACACCCAUCACUUCCCUUCAUGCAACUGGAACUAUUAAGUAAAGGUGAUAUGCUGGUUAGGAACAAUUGUAAUGUAUGUGAUUCUCACCUCUUUCUUCUGGAAGGUUCUUUACUGGGGCGGUGCUCGUCAUACGGACCAUUUUUCCGCAGCUUUUUCUAAUUUUCUUUCUUGAGUUGCUAAAAGUUCUUAAAACUUUCAAGCGUUCCAACAGUCGUCAGUAUUACUGAAACCACCGAUUCAUGUCGUGCUUCUAAAACGACCAUCGUACUUUACUGCAAUCCACGAGUCCGACAACCAGAAUAAAUGUGAAAUGUAAAAUGAUUGAAAGUCAGUUUAAAUGUCGACUUGAUUCCAUCCGCAUUCGGAAAGAAUGGCCUUGUGGGAUGCAUGUGAGCAGCGUGUUCUCGUUCCGACAGCCAACAGCUCGAGGCUGGUCCCACGCUGCCGAAUAAUGUGAAUUACGUACGUGAUUUACCAGUCUUCCAAUGGAAAAGGACUGCGUAGUGGGUAAAGAUGGUGUUAGAGCAGGCAAAAAAAGCAACUUUCUUGGUCCAAUAUCAUCCCUUUUGCACUUGUACUUCCUCUCUCUCUCUGUGUGUGGUGUCAAAGCUGUGUACAGUUCUGUAAAUUUAAUUUCUUCUGUUUAUUGUUAAAUGAAAUUCUAUAUAUAGUUAAUAUUGUUGAUAUAAUGAAAAUUUUUUCCAUGUCAGAGGUGAAUUUGAACUCUGACUAUGCACAACAUUCAAUAAGUACUAGAAGUAUUUAGCUGCCAUGUAAAUAAGAAUGCGUAUUAGGAUUUUUUUUUUUUUUUUUUUCCUCCCCAAUGAAGGAUUGCACUGGUUCAAAUGAAUACAACCUUGUAUAUGUAAAUAUGAUUAUGGCUGGAAUUGUCUAAAGUCUGAGGUAGAGAAGUAGAAAAAGUAUAGAACAUGGCUCUGAACUAUGGGCUCUGCACACUCACUGUAGCAUAUUUCACACAGGCUGUACGUGUUCAUGAGUUUGCCAAAGGUUGAUCGAAUCCAUGCGAGUGAGAAAUGGGGGGGGUGGUGGGGGGAACAACACGUUUGGGCAGCAUAAUUGGCUCAAAAGGAUUGCUUCCACAUUUUAUCCACUGUAACCUUGGCUUGUUUACGUGUACCAGAGGAUUAAGUGUCAGAAGGACAAACUCCUGACUGCUGAACUUUUUUCUGGCCCCUGACUGUGUAAUACAGCUAGUAUUAUUAUCAAGAAAAAAAAAAAAAUUAAAGCUACUGAUUUUGUAAUUAUUGGAAAAUACUGAUGGUUGUAUUAACCUAUUUUGAAUAAAUU